UUGCUUUAGCACGCUGAAUUUCACAUUUCCACCACAAGAAAAAAGAAGAGAAGAAAGAAACGCAGACGACCUUUUGCUGAACCAAACGAUUGAAAACAACGGUAGCCAGGCGAACGCCGCAGAAACCUGCCAACAAUUACGUGAACCAACGCAAGGGCACCCGUGCAAUUGGCAUUUUAAUUGGCGACUUUAGCUGCGAACGGCGCGCCGAAAAUGGUCAAUUCGUCUGGCAGCGAGGAUGGCCAGUUGCGGAGCCCCAACGAUGUGCACUAUCACAGGCCAAAAAGUGUGUACUUGUCCCAAGACCGAGGCGCGCGAUGGCCAACAACAAACCUAAUAAUAAUCGUAAUAAAAGUAAAAAUAAAAACCAACCAAAAAAAAAAAAUGAAAAUAAAAACGAACGAAAAAGUGCAAGCUAGAGGCAAAAUUCGAGUUUAAAACUGUGCACCUGCAGUGUCAAUGGCAGACGGGACCGAAUCUUCUCAAGCCAACCUACAUUAAUCUCGCUUGACCCGCCGCUGUCAAGUUAUAUGUGUUCCGAGAACCGAAUACAGAAAACCCGAGAUUCGCAAUAGAGAUCCGAUAAGCUCCGAACCGAUGGAUCGAUCGAUUCGAUCCCUCUCAUAUGCUGCUGGCGGUAAAUUGUAAUACUCUGUAUUAAUCUCAAUUGAAUGAAACACACACAAUAUUGUAUUUAUACUACUUUGCUAAUGCCUCUUUCCAAGUCCUGUCUCAAUGUCUUUCGUGUCUCUCUGUUUCUCAAAAGAUAACUACUCCCAUUCCCAGCAGGUUGCGCAGUCAGUCGUGUAAGUGUUUGCAUUUUACAGCCCUUGGGAGCUUUGGCGCUCCGAGCUCCAUGGAAUAGUUACGGGAUCCGGGAUCAGGUAAGUACUCCAUUUGAUAGCACUCAAUGGUGGGUCGAUUUUUAGUUUUGUGUUUGUUUAUAUUCCUAUUAAAACAAUUUAUAAAAGACUAAGCUUAGAAAAUCUAUUACCAGAUUCACAGACAUAUGCGAACAUUUGUUCUUAAACGACUCCGUGAUUACUUGUCUCCAUGGCUUCCAACCUUGUUUACUUGCCCUCAAAUCGACCCACCAAAUUUCACCCGUUGCUGCUCAAAUAUGGAACAAAAACGCCAAUUAUCUGAGCAACACCGAGUCGAUUGCCUCAAAUAAAUCACUAAUGAUUCGCUUAUGUACUGCACCAAAGUUUCUGUAUCUAAUCUCGAAAGAAUUCCAGAGCUAGCGUGGACUCGAGCUUUUAAUGUCUCCAAGGGCUAGAGUAAAAUGUAAUCCAAACACCGACUGCAGCAAAACACGCAACCUGCAACGAGCAACAUGCAACACGGUCAGAGCAGCGCCUGUUCUACUGGGUCUUCAGCAGGCAUCGGUCCAGAAUCAUCAGCAGAUGGGACGGACACCACUUAAAGCAUGACACCAUAAUUUUGGACUUUCUCUCUUACUUUUAGCCGAGGCGAGGAGGAUGAGCACGAGGGCGACGCUGAUGCCUUGUACAUUCAACCACCGCAGGCCAGCCGAGAAUCAGGAUCCGGUCCCAGGCGCGAGAAGAAGAAACAUUCCCGCGAGCGUCGACGCCACAAGGAGCGUGAUGACGUAGGCGGUGCUGCACUAGCACUAGAACGGGAUCAUCGAUAUGACUAUCGGAGCCGGGAGGAGCACUACCACCACCACCAACGCGAACGGAGCAGCAAUGCGGCUGCAGCCUAUGCGAAACACCACCUGGGCCAUGCCUACCAUUACCCUCAGCCGCCUCAACAGCAGCAACAGCCUCUACCGCCGGCGCCCAGCUAUGCUGCCCACCAUUAUCAUCAUCACCAGCAUUUAAGUGGAGCUCGAGCUGCUCCCCGCGAAUACCAUUCCUAUCCAUCGGGCUACCAUUCGGGCAGUCGACACGGCGACUACCCAAUGGAGGAGCCAACGCGACGCAGCAGUAAGUACGCGGAGAGCAAGGAUGCUGAGAGCCUGGAACAGGAUCUGCGAUCGAGGUUGCUGAAAAAGCGCCAUAACUACGUUAAGGAUUAUGAAACGGAGGAGAACUAUGAGCAUCGGGUCGAGAGAAGUGAUCGCCGGGAGGGAGGACGCAAAGAGCGGGAGAGAACUGUGCGAAGUACCCACAAGCAAAACCGUCACGACCGAGUCAUUGAGCUGCUGGACAGUCCUGAGCAGGAGCACCACCAUCAGCACCAGCACAAAUCGCAUCGCAGCAAGUGGCGCGAGGAGGUUGAGGUUAUCAGACGAAAGGUGCCCGAGGACUUGGAGCUGUUGGCUCGCAGGGAAAAACUUCUUGCCGCUGAACGGGAAAGCCGCCAGCGAAAACAGACGGCUCGUGAGGAACUGGAAGCUCGGCGGGAGUUGCUCCGCGAGCGAAACGAGCACAGUGAUGCACUUAGUCCAACAACAGUGGCUGCAAGUGUAACCGCAGGUCUGAACAUUCAUGUGAAGAGGAAGUCCAAGCCGGAUAACUAUGAGAAGGAAAUCAAACUCAAGAAGCGGCGGGAAGAUGAUAUCGAGGUUAUCCGAGAUGAUGACGAUGAGGAAAGCGAGGAGAGCGACUCAAACGAGGAGGUUCCUGAGCAAGACAGCGAAGGAAGCGCAACAGAGUCUGGAAGCGAAGACAGCUAUGCUAGCAAAAAGAAGAGCAAGAUUAAAUCCAAGUCUCAAUUGGAAGACGAUGACGAGGAUUUACCCUUACCCGACAGUCCACUUAGCGUGGGUGAGCUAUACAAGUCGCCCAAGCAACGUCAGCGAUCUCGCUCUGUAAGCUCCAAGAGCAGCUCCCAGUCCAGUCGAAGCAGUCGGUCCAGAUCCCGUUCUAGAAGUCAAAGCAGCCUAGAGGAUGAGGUAGAUCGUCAAGACGUGGGGGCAGAUGCCUCACCCAGCAGCAGCACACGCAGCGAGGAACGUGGAAUGACCCAAGAGCAGCCGGAAGAGAAGCCCGAGGAGAAACUCAAAGAGAAACAGAAGUCUCUGGAGGAGCAAAUUCCGUGCGAUGACAAGGGCAUUCCCCUGCCCAACUAUUAUCCCGGUGUGCAGGGCUGCCGGUCUGUGGAGGAAUUCCAGUGUCUAAACCGCAUCGAAGAGGGAACCUAUGGAGUGGUAUAUCGAGCCAAGGACAAAAGAACCAAUGAGAUUGUGGCUCUUAAGCGUCUGAAAAUGGAGAAGGAAAAGGAGGGAUUUCCGAUAACAUCACUCAGGGAGAUCAACACUCUUCUCAAGGGUCAGCACCCGAAUAUUGUGACCGUUCGCGAGAUCGUGGUCGGAUCCAACAUGGAUAAGAUAUUUAUUGUGAUGGACUAUGUAGAACACGACCUGAAAUCCCUGAUGGAAACGAUGAAAAAUCGUAAGCAGAGCUUUUUCCCCGGAGAAGUCAAAUGUCUGACGCAGCAGCUUCUGCGGGCGGUGGCCCACCUCCAUGACAAUUGGAUAUUGCAUCGUGACCUGAAGACCUCCAAUCUCCUCUUGUCCCACAAGGGCAUUCUCAAGGUGGGUGAUUUCGGAUUGGCAAGGGAGUAUGGAUCGCCGAUCAAGAAGUAUACCUCACUUGUUGUCACUCUCUGGUAUCGUGCACCCGAGCUCCUUCUCUGCUCGCCGGUUUACUCCACGCCCAUAGACGUCUGGUCGGUAGGCUGCAUUUUCGCCGAAUUCUUGCAGAUGCUGCCGCUCUUUCCGGGAAAAUCUGAAAUCGAUGAGCUUAACAGGAUCUUUAAGGAAUUGGGAACUCCGAACGAGAAGAUCUGGCCAGGAUACACCGAGCUCCCAGCCGUGAAGAACAUGUUGUCGCAGAACUCUCAGUUUACCGAGUAUCCCGUCUCGCAACUGCGCAAGCACUUCCAGGAGAAGACCUCUGAAAUGGGCUUGUCGCUGCUGCAGGGUCUGCUGACGUACGAUCCGAAACAAAGACUGAGCGCCGACGCGGCACUAAAGCACGGCUUCUUCAAGGAGCUGCCAUUGCCCAUCGAUCCAUCCAUGUUUCCCACCUGGCCGGCCAAGAGCGAGUUGGGAGCCCGCAAGGCGCAAGCCUCUUCCCCCAAACCGCCAUCCGGUGGCUCGCAGUUCAAGCAACUAGGCCGCGACGAGCCCAUCAUCGUGGGACCGGGAAACAAGCUCUCAUCUGGGAUUAUCACUGGCAACAAGAAGAGCCACGGAGCUGGUGGAUCGUCGGCUAGCACGGGAUUUGUCCUGAACGCUGGAAUAACGCAGCGCCAGUUGGCCAUGGGACCGGGAUUCAGUCUGAAGUUCUGAUUCUGUGUGUUUUAGCCCAUUACGAUUACGAUUAAUUGUUAUGUAUAGUUAGCGAUGUAAGUGGAAAAUUUCGUUUAAUUGUAUGUGUAUAAAUAUUGUUCCAUAUAUAAUUUAAAAAGCCAUACAAAGC